AUGGCUUCUCUUUCUUCUUCAUUGCCGUGUCGCAACUGGAGUUACAACGUAUUUGUGAGCUUCCACGGACCUGAUGUCCGUAAAACACUUCUCAGUCAUAUGCGCGAACAGUUUAAACGGAACGGGAUCACUAUGUUUGAUGAUCAAAAGAUUGUGAGAAGCGCAACGAUAGCUCCUUCACUCACAGAUGGAAUAAGAGAAUCGAGGAUCUCGAUAGUGAUUCUUUCCAAGAGAUAUGCUUCUUCAAGCUGGUGUUUGGACGAAUUGGUGGAGAUAUUGAGGUGCAAGGAAGUUAUGGGACAGAUAGUGAUGACCAUUUUUUAUGGAGCGGAUCCAUCUCAAGUUAGGAAACAGACCGGAGAAUUUGGGAUGGUUUUCGAUGAAACUUGUUCAAGUAAGACGGGAGAGGAAAGGCAGAAAUGGAAAGAAGCUUUGAAGGAUGUCGGCAACAUUGCUGGAGAAGACUUCCUAACAUGGGACAAUGAAGCAAACAUGAUUGAGAAGAUUGCCAGAGAUGUUUCAAAUAAACUGAAUGCUACACUGUCUAGGGAUUUUGAUGGCAUGGUGGGACUUGAACCUCAUUUGAGAGAGUUGGAGUCUUUGCUAGAUUUAGAUAAUAAUGGAGUAGUUAUGAUGGUUGCCAUCACUGGUCCUGCAGGGAUUGGUAAAACUACCAUUGCCAGAGCUUUACAAAACCGACUCUCUAAUAGGUUUCAGCUUACUUGUUUUAUGGACAACCUUAAGGGAAGUUAUUUAAGUGGUCCUGAUGUAUUGCGCUUACAAGCACAAUUUCUUUCAAAGGUUUUGAACCAGGAUGAUAUUAGGAUAUGCCAUUCAGGUGUGAUAGAAGAAAGGCUUUGCAAGCAGAGAGUGUUCAUCAUUCUUGACGAUGUAAGCAAUAUAAAGCAAUUAGAGGCAUUGGCGAAUGAAACUACAUGGUUUGGUCCUGGAAGCAGAAUUGUAGUAACCACCGAAAACAAAGAGCUUUUGCAGCAACAUGGUAUCAACACUACGUACUAUGUGGGGUUUCCAUCUUUUAAAGAUGCUGUCAAUAUCUUAUGUAGAUAUGCUUUUAGAAAAAACCCUCCUUAUCAUGGUUUUGAAAUGCUUGCAUUAAGAGUAACAGAGCUUUGUGGUAAGCUUCCGUUGGGUCUCUCUGUCGUGGGUUCAUCUUUACGUGGGAAGAAUGAGGACGAAUGGGAAAAGGUACUGAGGAAGCUGGAAACUAUACUUAAUCGAGGUAUUGAGGACGUGCUAAGAGUCGGCUAUGAAAAUUUAGAUGAAGAUGAGCAAACGCUAUUUCUCCACAUUGCAGUCUUCUUCAACUAUAGAAACUGUGAUCUCGUGAAGACAAUGUUCGAUAACAGUGACUUGGAUGUCCAAGAAGGGUUGAAAAUCCUUGAAAGAAGAUCUCUCAUAGAGAUACAUGGGGAAAGAAUAGAGAUGCACAUAUUACUACGACAGAUGGGUAAAAAAGCCAUUCAUGAACAAGAGCCUAGGAAACGCGGGAUCUUAAUGGAUGCUCAGGAGAUUUGUGAAGUUCUUGAACAUGCCAACGGUACAAGAGCUGUUUCCGGCAUAUCAUUUGAUAUAUCUGAUCUCGAUGACGUAUCUAUAAGUGAGAGAGCUUUCAAAAAGAUGCCUAAUCUUCGCUUCCUCAGAGUUUACAAAAGUAAAGAGGAUGGGAAUGAUGUAGUGCAUAUACCUGAGGAGAUGGAGUUUCCGCGUGGUCUAAGGCUGCUACAUUGGGAGGCAUACCCAAGUAAAUGUCUUCCUCCUACAUUUCAUCUUGAAUAUCUUGUGGAGCUCAAUAUGAAGAAUAGCAAGCUCGAGUACCUCUGGCAAGGAACACAGCCGCUUACAAAUCUCAAGAAGAUGGGUUUGUCAGGAUCUUUGCAAUUGAAGGAACUUCCUGAUCUUUCAAAUGCUACAGCUCUUGAGACGUUGGAUCUGAUGGGUUGUGAGAGUUUGGUAGAGAUUCCAUCCUCGUGUUCACAUCUUCAUAAACUACAGAAGUUGUGGGUGACCGGAUGCGUAAAGCUACAAGUCCUUCCAGCUCACAUGAACUUGGCAUCACUCGAAGAAGUCUUCAUGAGAGGAUGCUCAAGACUGAGAAACAUCCCAGUCAUGUCAACGAACAUCAGAAAACUGUGUAUAUCGGAGACAGCGGUUGAAGACGUGCCUACAUCGACCAGACUUUGA